CCACCCACUGCCACCGCGCAAACAAACUCACGCCGACUGUCCGUCGAGCCAUCUCUCUCUCCAACAGCGACUCGAAUACGGCACUAGCUCGGACACAAGCCCUCAUCACGGGGCUACACAGACACGAUGGCAGCGCGGAAGCUCCAGCAGGAGAUCGACAAAUGCUUCAAGAAGGUCGCAGAAGGCGUCGCGACCUUCGAGAGCAUAUAUGAAAAGAUUAUGCAGACAGGGAAUCCUUCACAGAAGGAGAAACUGGAGGACCAGCUGAAAAAGGAAAUCAAGAAGCUGCAACGGUCGCGAGACCAGAUCAAGACAUGGGCAGCCAUGAGCGAGAUCAAGGACAAGAAGCCAUUGAUGGACCACAGGAAACUAAUCGAGACACAAAUGGAACGGUUCAAGGCGGUCGAAAAGGAGAUGAAAACAAAGGCAUAUUCCAAAGAAGGUCUGCAAUUAGCGUCGAAAAUUGAUCCAAAAGACAGAGAGCGCAUGGAGAUGGUCGAAUUUUUGCAACACAUGAACGAAGAGCUGGAGCGACAAAUAGAGACAACGGAGGCUGAGGUUGAGUUGAUGCAGGCUGGCAUGAAGAAGGGGAAAAAGUCGGACAAUGCCAAGGCAGAACGGAUAUCGGAGCUCGAAGAGGCAGCGGAACGGCAUAAAUGGCAUCAGGGCAAGCUGGAACUCCUGCAACGCGCGCUGGAGAACAGCAGUCUCGAAACGGAACAGGUCAAGGAGAUCGAAGAGAGCAUCAAGUACUACGUCGAGGAGAACCAGAGUCCCGAUUUCAUGGAGGACGACACAAUAUACGACGAAUUCAAUUUACAAGAAGAGGAGGCAAUCUUUGGUAUGGGAGGAGAGAACGACCGCGGAUCGUCGCAGGACUCACAAUCAAUACAAGACGAAGCUAUGGAUUCAGAGUCAAGACCACCGAUGGCGAAGGGCAAGACUUCCGAAACAGCGCAGUCAGGCGGACGACGGCCAUCGACACAGCUCAAGUCGCCAUUACCAGUAUUAGCAACAUUACAUACGCCAUUGCCUGGUGCUUCAAGUUCCGCAGCGACAUCCAUGAAACCUGCCCCAAUACCGACACGAACGCCGGGAGAGCCGUUGAAGUAUGCUUCUGCGGCCGCAGCGGCUGCUGCGAGUGACAAGAAUGGGGUGGGCAUUGCUCCUCUGCCACCUCCACCAGGGUUGCCUGUGUCCUUAGCUGGCCCAAGAGCUAGUGCAACGAGUUCACCAGCAAUAACACAUCCUCUGCCAGCCGUACGCGCACAGCCACCUGUAGAAGCCGUGCAACAAGCACAGGCUUCGCCAGCCGUAACACCAAGCAUACCGGCUACACCUGUUUCGGAGAAAGAGAAGCUAGCACGCGUUGCUUCCUCUGAAGACGCCAUCAAAGUCAGCAGGAAGACGCCAGCUCCUGAGCGUGUAGACGAAGAGGAAUCGCAAGCCGCCACUCCGCCACUAACCAACGGUGAAUCGCAUGCUGAAGAGGACGAGGAAGAAGAGGAGUCGGUCUACCACCUACCUUCGAGUUUGCAGGAUCUACUCGAUUCGUUCGAGGCCACAAAGAACGACAUCAGUACCUCUGCCUCGAAGCCACCUGACGAGCGCAUGCUUGCAGCAUCAAUGGCCACUGCACCGGACUCCGCAGACACCGAGGCCCCACGCCAUUAUCGCCCGCAGAACCCAUACCCAUUCACGCCUUCUCACUACCCGCAAGAGCCGUUGGCCAUAUUUGACGAUCCUCGCCUAUACUCUCGUAUUGAGACGGACGCGCUCUUCUAUGCCUUCUACUACCGCCAAAAUACAUAUCAACAAUAUCUUGCAGCAAAAGCACUGAAGUCACAAAGCUGGCGGUUCCACAAGCAGUACCAGACAUGGUUCCAACGCCACGAAGAGCCAAAGGCGAUUACUGAAGACUACGAACAGGGGACAUAUAGGUUCUUCGACUAUGAGAGCACAUGGAUGAAUCGGAGGAAGGCGGAUUUCCGAUUUGCCUAUAAAUUCUUGGAAGACGAGCUAUGAGCGACCACCCAACCUUGUCGAGAUCUGUUCUUGACCACAUGGUGCCGUUUUUUGUAUCGAGUAUUAAGUAGUUCUGGAAUGGGUCCCUUAUUGGGAGAACUUGUUCACUUGGCAGCUCACUUAUCGAUACAACUUCAUCUGAGUUGCUAAUUUUCAUAGGCAGCCAUAAUUACGGACAUGCAAAGGAGACCGACAUAAUUUGUCAGGAAUACAAAACCCGAGUAUUUGGGUCCAAUCACAACCUCAUUUCUAGCUUGUUGGACAUCCACAAUAAUAACAACUUACAUGCCGG